CAACACACAUCUAGUGGAAUGAGGGGMUAGUAAUAUUGCAUCUAGACAUGAUAUUUGUCUCGUAUCUUCUGGUAAAUUAUGGAUGAAGACGCUGUUAAUGCAGCCGAMCUCGAAGGAUUGUUUUCAAAGCGUUCUUCUUCAAACAUCUUGUCCGAUCCACGAAUACUUGAACAUCUUCGAAUCGUAGCCGAAGAAGCGCAAAGUCUGGAAAAGAAUGACGACGACGCAGAGAGUGAGAUGGCUGCUAAUAGACGAGAACUUGCCGACAAAAUCGCAAGCUACAAUAAGCGUAAYCAACUCGGAGCUUUUCGUCUURCACUUAAAGAGGACUUAAACUUCGAGGGAGCGUUACGCUUUUAUUUUGAAGAUGGCAACGAAAAGCUUACUAAAGCUGUGAGGUUAAAUAAUCGUACUCUAGUSUCGGAACUUCUACCGACCCUGAUAGAGAAGUUUAAACCAGACUUAGACCAAACUACGUUGGUUAGAAAGGCAAAGCUGUAUGAAAUACAUGAUGAAUUUACAGAUAAAGAAAGAGAAGCGGACGAAAUCUGUCUGGAUCCAUCUGAUAACCCUCUGGAYAUAGCACUCAAUGCCAGGCAGCCACCAAGGUUUGUCCUUCGUCUUGAAUAUGACAAGCCACAACAUCAAUCGACGUCUCCAUCCCAACCAAAUGGUGUAGCUAAGCAACACGAAUCACUGAAUUCUUCGUUGGCGAGCGUGCGCAGUGGUGGUAGUGAUGGAAGCUCGAAUAGCGGAUCAACACCUACAGUGGGAUCUCCCCUURGUAGGUUUUCGCCUACCAAAGGGACUUCAGGGACUCCAUUAUCAGCAAGAAAAUAUCAUACGGCGAAACUGAAUGACAGGCCUUCUAGUGCAGGGAGUGAUAAAAGUAGGAAUAUUUUUAAAGGUAUGCAGUCUCCUCGUGCAGCUUUUGGUAUGUUUUUUGAYGGAAUCACUUCACCWACACAAGACCGAAGUGCUCACCAUUCAAAAACAGCUCGGCAUGGAAAGCGGCAGAGAAAAAGAUCGUUUGGAUCGUUACUAAAGCUAAAGAAGAGUGGUGCGUCCAAGAAAACUGUUGAACUCUCAACCAAUCAUCUUGCGCCAGGAGUGUUAAAGGUUUUUGGAGGACAUGUGUCACCUGGGGCAAACUACAAGAGUGUUCGAGCAACUGAGCUUACAAACGCUGAGGAGAUCGUGAAAGAGGCUUUAGAUAGGUAUAAACUGGAUCAUUUUGACGCCAAGGACUACGUAUUGUGCGAUGUUGUCGGUUACUUUACGAAUACUGACAAAGAUAAGUUACAAGAGACUCAGGAACCGGACUCAGAGAGUUGGAUUACGGAAUAUUCUCGUGUUAUAGGAGACAAAGAAAAACCUUUGGUGCUUCAACAGUUAUGGAAACCAAUCACGGGAUUCUCCAGACGAUUUGAACUCAGGAAAAAAAUUGAAACUCUMGACUCAAGUUUUUUUCAAGUUCGAGGUAGCGUUGCAGUUGUCAAAGCUGCUUCGGUACGCGAGGUYAAAYUACCUCCUUUGAUUAAGGRGGCUCGCARCCCUAAAACAAGCAUGGCUCUUCCCGCCCAUCAUGAAAGCUUUGGAACUGAYGAGRGUACAACUUCUAACCGAAACUCCGUGAUCUUAUCUCCAUUUCUUCCUCCGACAGACACUCCUUACUUGCUGUUAAUCCGUGGUUACKCGAUCGCUGAUGACUUUCUGUAUCACCGACUGGACGAAACGAUAGCACUACUUGGUCGUCAUGCCAACGCCCCCGGUACGGUUGCCUAUGGUGACGAGCAUACUGAUCAUAAUCCCGAUAUAAAUUUGUUUUCACCGGAUGUACUGCCCCAUCACUGUGUSAUGAGUAAAAAGGUCGAGACCGAGGGGGACCUGGAUCUAGAGGAAGAAUGUGACGUUAACUUUGUGGUGUGUUUGGAGCCCAAUAAGAAUGCKCUUGUGAAARUCAAUGGUGUACCUAUUACAUCAACUAUCAAAAUGAGCCCUGGGGACCUUAUYUCUGUAGGGGACCACUAUGUAUUUAUGUUUAARGACCCUACUCAAGUCCUUGAUAGUUCCCUUCAGCUUCAUUGGAUGACAGCACUACAACGAUUCCACGAAAUGUCCAGAAAUUUUACCCGAAGUGUUUCCGAAACUGAUACGAUUGUUUCCGACAACUCCUUCGUUGAACCCGAAGGUAGACAGCUACGACUAGCUUACGCACCCGAAGACGAGGAUAGAUUGUUAGAUAUGAUAAUGAAUGUUACGGAGACAAGAGAUAUCUACGAAUUAACACCAUCUUACAUGUUAGUGAUGUGUAUUGAGCAUUCAGUGAAGUACCACACAGAAAACCAAACUAGACAACUGAUGAUGAAGAUAUCCAACUCRAUACAAAGUGUAGCAUGGGAUAAAACAUCAGAAAUGUCAAAUACUAUUGAAAAGGACACCCCUCCUGACAAAGCCAUGAAUGACUUAUUACCUCAACUCAACCCUGUAAUCUUCUGGAUGGCAAACUGCCUUGAGAUGCAUCAUUAUUUACAAAAUAACAUGUCACGUUACCUUGGUGACGCUGCCAAAAGACACCUGGAUGAUUCUUUGACCAAUGCAGACGAAGAACUUAUUGCUUGUCUUGAGGAAGUCGUCAUGUACACCUUUCAACAGACUGUGUAUCAUUUAACUAAGGUUUUGUAUGUUGCUCUUCCCGUUAUUCUCGAUACCAAUCCCUUUCAAUACGACGACGAUGACACGAACGAUGGCAAGCGACCACAAGAAAUAGAUAUCGUGACCAACAUCUUCCACCAGACGUACACAGUUCUAUGUAAAUACAAYGUGCACAAAGAAAUUGUCCACCAGUUGUUUGCUUAUCUUUUCUUCUUCACAAACGCUUCCCUCUUCAACACYCUGAUGGAACGAGGAGCUGGUGGGAAAUUUUAUCGAUGGGCUAAAGGGGCACAAAUACGGGGCAACUUGGACGCUUUGGAAGGUUGGGCAUCACAGGUAGAACUACAAGAUGAGUAUGUACAUUAUCUCACACGGUUGUCCACAGCAGCGGACUUACUAGCCACACCCAAAGUACAGCUAUUGCAGGCGGAUUGGAACACUAUUCGUCGAGAUUUUCCAGCUCUUAAUGCUGCUCAGGUUCAACAAAUUCUCGGCGAGUACCAACUUGGUGCUGGAAAAUCAAGGCCACGUGGCUGGUUUCCUCCCCCUGAAGAGGUAGAGCCUGCACUACGUACAGCUGAUGUUUUGCUAAGUUUUUCGGAACAUCCACCUCUGUCRCUGCCAUCGUCGGGUUUUGUUUUCGAUAUGGACCAUGGGCCAGACAGUGAAAACUUUUACCAGUAUUUGAUGAUGGUGAGAAGUUCUUGUGGUUCAGUUUCAGGACUGAGCAAAGCUAGAGACAUCAAACCAUCACCUAAGAUAACCCAACCUGUUGAGCCCCAGGUCACAACAGCCAGCAGUGAUACAUUACAGGUUUCAGCUACUCUAGAUGACUUGGAUGAUGUACCAUCAGUCACAGUCUCCCCGCCGCCAACUCCGAAAACUGCUGAAAACGAUCAACAACCAUUGACAGUCUCGUCUACUACACCUACUACAGGACCUGAGAAGCCUCCAAGGGUUAGUACUAAGCCUACUACCUCCACUGAUCGUCAACAAGGGACCACGCCCAAGGUAAUAACCCCUGCAAAUCGGCCAGUGCCCAUUCCACGUCAGCGCGACCUACGCAGUGCGGCAUCAACGCACUCCUCUAGUCCUCAAUCCAGAUCCCCUCAGCCAACUCCAAGAGGGCACAGAAAAGAAGAGGCUUUCGAAAAGGCUCUGGAUUCACGACAUCAAGGUGGAUCUCCCUUAGAAGGAACCCAAGAACAUGUCKCGUCUCGUCCUUCUGAAUCAGCGCGGGAGGCUUUACUUGGAAGAASUAGUUCAGCUGGUUCAUCYRCCUCAAGUUUUUCAAGUAUAGGGACCACRCCUCGGGUUGACAAUCAAACUUUCUCAAAGUCGUCUGGUGGAAGGAAAGAGAGCAACUCCUAUAAUACCGAACGAGACAAGUGGGUUGAAGUCAAAGAUUCGAURGGGAAGAUGGAAUCGCUUGAUGGCUUGUCUGUUGUUCCUGUCAUUGAAGAAAACGRGCACGACGACCAUGCUUUGGACGUUGACGAUUCUACUGUCGACAAACUUGCAUUCAUGAACCAACUCAAAAGAAACGAAAUGACUCAUGAAGCAGGAAAUAGAUCUCAUCGAAUGCUAGAGGGCAUGCGUGAUGGMCAGGAUGGACAGGAUGACGUAUUUAUAGUGGAAUUACAGAAAAGUGACUCAGGAAUUGGUCUUGGAUUGAUUGAUGGAUUGUACACACCUCUAAGAUCCCCUGGUAUUUAUGUACGAACCUUAGUGGAAGGAGGAGCGGCUGAUCAGGAUGGACGUCUAAGGUUAGGUGAUCGUAUCCUGGCAGUGAAUGGCACAAGUUUAGUUGGGGCGGAUUAUCAAAGUGCCAUGCAAGAGAUUCGUCAAGCUGGUAUACAUCUUUCAUUUCUUGUUGCAAAGUCAGACAUUCACGUCGCCAUGAAGAUCACAGCAUCAAGUUGUUAAUAUCAAAACUAAUCUGAAUCGAGGAUCAAGAGUUUUUCUUCUACCAGAUGCACAGAGAGUAUAUAUAGAGAUGCUCUWCACGUUAACGUCGCGCGCGCGAAUGAACAGCAGUGAAGACAGACAGACAAUGUCAUAAACAGAUAGAAGGCAGACUGGUUCUAUAAGUCGGAGCUUACCGCUCAUGUUACUCUAGAGYGAACUAACCGACUUAUUGAAUCAUGCGAGUAAGAUGAACAUGAUGAUUUGAAUAUGAAACAURCACUGACAAUUUUAUACUGUAAGAAUCAUAUUUAUAGAGACUUUUUAUGAAGUAAAGAUAUUUUAUAUAAUCGAAUAA